UGAGCAUAGGCAUUACUUUGCCGACAGUCAGUUUCUCAUCAGAUCAGUGGAGCUCGUCAUCUCUUCGACUUCUGUUUACUAAGUCAACUUAUAUCGAAAAGGUCUUACGAUGGCUUCCUCAGACAAGAAUGAUACGGCCGUUGAGUCCAUUGAGGAUGACGAGGCCUCCGAGGUGACUCAUUCAGGGGCUGUUGAGUCUGCAACGGCCAAGUCAACUGCUCAACCCCCCCAAGGGCGUAAAGUUUCCAACAAGACUGAGCAAGCCACUACAGAAGCUUCAAAAGCAACUCGACCUCCCCAAUCGCCCCGGACUUUACAACCGCGAGUUUCUCAGUCUCCUCGAACGGGUGGACGACCUCUAGCUCCGGCUCAGGUUCAACAUGCUCGGAUGGUGCAGCAGCAGCAGUCUCCUCGGGCUGCUCAGCCUCCGUAUCCUCAGAUGCCGCAGUCUCCUUAUCACCAGAUGCCACAGUCUCCUCACCAGAUGCCGCCAACUCCGCACAUGGCUCAGCAUCCUCAUAUGGGAUAUCCUCAUCCUCAUCAGGUUCCGCAUUCACCUUAUAUGGCUCAGUCGCCUCAUCAGAUACCUCAGUCUCCGUAUCAAAUGCCACAUAGUCCUCACCCUCACAUGUCACAAUCGCCUCAUCCGCAAAUGGCACAGAGUCCUCAUCCUCAGAUACCGCCAUCCCCAUACAUGGCACACCCUCACUAUGCUCAUCAACCGGGGCUUGCACCCCCUCAAAGCCCCCUUUUCACACCCCAAGGAACUCGUAUCAUGACACCCCAGCAAUCUCCUCUCUUUACACCAACGCCAACCCCAGGACCUCAAUCCGCUGCUCCAACGCCAGCACCGUCAGCUACCCCAGCUCCCUCAUCCGUCGCCUCAACACCCGCACCAUCUUCCGUAGCAUCUACUCCAGCACCCAAAUCUUCCUCCAGAGGCCAAGUAACAUAUGACAUGGGACCUCCGCCCAAGAAGAAGAGAGGACCGAAGCCAAAGCCGUUGUCAGAACGUAAAAUGCUACGGACUACACCGAUUGUGCGAAAGGAGGCUAGUUAUUCGAAGCGGAAGAAGGAGGAGGUUAUUACGUGGAUGCUUCAUACUCGUGUUGAUCGGAGGGGAGAAAUGGUACCGCCUUCUACGACGGAUGCGGAGAAUCACUUUCAGAUUCCGAGGAGUACCAUUGCUGGGUGGAAGAAAACGUAUUUAGGCCUUGGGCCAAUUCCAAAAGUAUUACCGUAUGAACACACAACGGACGCGCCCUAGAGAUGAAAAGUUGAAAAGUUGAAUAGACAAUUAAUAAUUAUACCUUGAUUACAUCAGA